AUGGCUGAUCCGUUCGCUCAAGCCGUGUUCCGAGCGUACCGCGACGGGCUUCUCGCAUCACAGCUGCAGGCGGAAAACACCGGCCCUGAGCCGGCGAAUACAGGCGCGUCAACUCACGAGCAGUUCUAUUCUGGAUCAUCGCAAUACGCGGCGCAAUACUCGGCGCCAGCUCAUGAUGCGCUGCACGGAGGAUCGUCGCUACACGCGGCGUUAACACAGCAGCUGAUUCAAGAAGCGGCGCGUCAUUCUGCGUUUUCUCAGCAGUUAACUCACGAGACGAUCCAUGGCGGAGGAUCUCAGCAAAAUCCAGCAUUCACCCAGCAGAAUCCAACGUUCACUCAGCAGCAGAAUCCAACGUUCACUCAGCAGCAGCAGUCAACGUUCACUCAACAAAAUCCAGCGUUUGCUCAGCAGCAGCCAACGUUCACCCAGCAGCAUCAGACGUUCACUCAGCAAUUGACCCAAGGCGGAAGGGGCUCGCUCCAUGAGCAGCUGGCGGUGGGAGAUGCGGCGCACGGAGACGCGCUGCUGCAAGGAAGUCUACCAGGAGGGGAUCAUGGUGGAGGUUUUGCGGCCACAAACGAAGCAGCUACAAAUGAAACAGUUGCAACCGAAGCAACUACCAAUCAAGCUCAGGAAAGUUUCCUGGGACAAGCGGAUAAUAAUCUGAAUGUUCCGGCUGUUCAGGACAACCUGGGAGCCCAUAACGAAGCAGCUCAAAACGAAGCAGCUCAAAACGAAGCGGCUCAACCUGAAGCAGCUACCGAAGCAGCGCGAACCGAAGCGGCUCAAAAAGAAGUAGCUCCAACCGAAGCAGCUCAAACCGGAGCAGUUCAAACCGAAGAGGCUCAAUCCGAGGCAGCUCGAACUGAAGCGGCUCAAAACGAGGUCACGGUUAAAGUCGAGGAAGGCGCUGGUCCGGAAUCCGGGACUGGCGCCGGAAAUCGCUCCACCGCCGUCGUUUCUAACGGUGCUUCCGCAAGCGGUGUGUUCUCCAUGCUCCUGGACAUGCAGCACCAGCAGCAGCCGCUGCAGACCCCGCUCACGCCCGUCCCCGCCGUUCCCCCGCUUGCUCCGCUUCGCCCCGGCGAUCCCAAGUCCCCAAAUGCUGCUGCUGUAGUGGCGUCUGGGUUUGGACAGUCGGGGUUGCAGGGGCAGCAGACGCGACCUGCGAAUAAGUAUGACGCGCAGAAGCAGCGCGAUUGGAACAAUUUCAGCCAGUAUUUGGCUCGGCAUCAGCCUCCCGUGGCCAUGAUUCGCGCUACACCGCCACAUUCACUCCACCUUCCGCGUCUCUUCCUCUGCUCCCUUCCCAACCCGCUGGCCCCUGCUCCUGUUCCUGCUGCUGCUGCUGCUGCUGCUCCUGCUGCUGCUCCUGCUGCUGCUCCUGCUACUGAUCCCUCUGCACGUUUUGUCCCCUCUGCAACUGCCUCUGCAGCAGCAGCAACAGCUUGA